CUCACUGUGACUACUUCACUGGCGGCAUAUACGUAAAUAGUUUUACCUUCAUAUUUCUUAUUGUCGUCAAUGUCCUCCCUCUCAGUUCGCAUGCAAAAUUUGUCUUCACAGCUCUUACAAGAAGCAAAAAAGUUUACUGACUAUAACUUCCGCUCAUACUUUCUGCGGAAGAUAGACAAAACAUUCAAAAGGCUUAAUGAAGUAAAAGAUCAAAAUGUGCUGGAAGCAGAAUUGAAAAAAAUGAGGAAUUACUGGAGAUCCUUAGAAGGCAAUCUGUUCUUAGCAAUUUAUACCCAACGAAGAAGAACGUACUUGAGUAAAAUACAGCUCCUAUGUGACUCAAGUAUUUUAUUCCAUAUGUUAUUUAAAUAAAGUCUUAUGGAAUGAAGUUCAUUUUGUAACGUAUUUAUUAGUCCUUUGAUCCUAAACGUUAUAUUUUCUGUGUCGUAGAAACAUGAGAAAUGGAUCUGAAGUCGAGUCUUACUGAAUUUUUGCUAUCACAUGUCCAGAACUCAAGUUGCCUUUUUGAUGAAGAAAUAAUUACGUAUCUGGAGGGUAUUAUAGAAAGUUGCGACUGUGACGAAGUUGAUGAAUUAGAGUUCCUUACUAUGUGUGAUGCUUACAUUCCCCAGCUACAAAAGAUACCCAAAGAAGUUUUCUUGGAGUGGUUUUCUUCAGUUAGCAAUAUAAUCAAGGAAAAGUCAAAUGCGUGUGGUAGAGAUACUCAAAUCCAUCAGGAUAUUUCUAUUUUACCAAGUCGUUCGAAGGAAAUAAAUAAUAACAGCGAAUUAAAAGAGCGAAGUGAAGUUAACUUAUGCAAGCACUGUUGUACAGAUUGUAGUCAAAUAGAUGGUGAUGAAUCACUAAUGACAAUGGCGUCAAUUUUACCUGAUGCUUGUCGGAAGAUUCUUACAGAUUGUCUCCGUACAACUAGUAAUAAUGUAGAUGAAGCAGUUCUACUCGCCUUAAAUCAUAUCACAAUGAAAAGUCAUAAGAACAGUACAGAAGUCAAAGAAUCACACUCUUCAAAAAGAACUAAAAUGCUGACAUCUUCGGAGUCAAUAAAAACAGCAACAACAGUUGACAAUGAUGACAAGCUUGAUGAGAGAGAACGCUCCUUAGUUCUUGGUCGUUAUGAUUUUGUAUCAGAGAGCAGCAGUGGUAGAUCUGCAAAACCGAACAUACCAAGUGUAUACAAAUGGUUCGAGCUAGUUAUAUAGGCCGCACAAAGCGCACGCUUUCCAAACGUAUCUCGGAGCACUAUCCUGCAUGGUUGUCGAGGGGAGAAUGUAAAUCAAUUAACAGUUCAAUUCUUGAACAUUUGGUCAACUCUGGACAUAAAGCUAGACCAGAAUUUUCCUUCAGUGUCAUUUUUCGUGUCAGAUGGAAUCGUUCAAAAGGAGUACGCCUUCGAUAGUUGUGCACAGCGGAGGCACUGGCAAUUUAUCAAUUCAAGCCUGAUCUCUGCGUGCAAAAGAAGUAUGUUCAAUCUCUCAUCUUACCAUGGUCGUAACCCUUUAUUUUUUUCGAUUUCAUUACAAUUAAUUAGUUUAUUAUUAUCACUUUCAUUAUGACCCUUGUCUCAUUCUUCACCUUCUUUACAUCCAUCUAUCUAUCAAGUAGACACUCAAUAUUUGCGUUUCUUAUCUACCAACAAUUUUCACCUUGUCAAACUCCUUGCCUUCCUCGAUAUUUCUACUGUCUUAGAUUAUUACGCAACUACUUUGCAAUCCUGAUUCAGUUUUUCG